CCAACAAAAGAUAUGUUGGUAACUCUCUCUGCAAAGCUCUGUAAACACCCUAUCUCAACAACAAUGGCACCAGUCACAUCAGCACCUACAUCAACUCUACCAACAACUACUCCACGGUUCUGUAAUAUAUCAGAAGCGAUGGAUGAUGAAUCUUUCCUCCCAGAUACAGCCAUCUCUCUCAAUCCAUCAGUUGGCAAUCCCGGUGACAUCAGACCAGACUUUGGAUGGCUAACUAAUUCCAAUAGCAAAAGGAUUAUCACAUUAGAUUUUGGCCCCAACCUAGAUGCCGGAGGUACAAUUCGCCUUCUUCGACACGACAAUGUGAAAUCCUUUACGGUUUUCAUAUCCCAUCCAUCUGCAAAAAUGCAAAUCAAGACAUCCUCACCAGAUCGACCAGUUGCCAUUCCACAACAUAAUGGUCAAACCACGGUGCAAAUUGAACUUUCUCCAACCGAUCCAACACGAGACAUGCUGGUAUCUCUCUCUGCAAAACUCUGUAAACGGAAAGUGCCAACAUAUACAACAGCAAGUAGUGCUCGUCCGACAGGUACUUUUGGCAUCGAAACAAAAAGGACACCAAGGCCCACGAUGGCAAGUACACAUAGAAGCACGUCAAUACUACGAACUACAAUGUCGACAAUAACACCAAGGUCUCCGAGUACGCAUGCUACGAGUCCAAGUACUUAUCAAAGUACACUUCUAACCCACUCUACACAUAUAAGUACACCCAAACGUAUAACGACAAUUUCCAAAAUGUCUACAAGUGCAAGUCCUACAUCAGUUCUAUCAACAGCCCCCAAAACAACACCAAGUCCUACAUCAGUUCCAUCAACAGCCCCGCCCACAACACCCCCCAAAACAACACCAAGUCCUACAUCAGUUCCAUCAACAGCCCCGCCCACAACAGCCCCCAAAACAACACCAAGUCCUACAUCAGUUCCAUCAACAGCCCCACCAAUAAAAGCGCCAAAAACAACACCAAGUCCUACAUCAGUUCCAUCAACAGCCCCACCAACAACAGCCCCAAAAACAACAGCCCCAAAAACAACAGCCCCAAAAACAACACCAAGUCCUACAUCAGUUCCAUCAACAGCCCCUCCAACAACAGCCCCCAAAACAACAGCCCCACCAACAACAGUCCCAACAACAACACCGAGUCCUACAUCAGUUCCAUCAACAGCCCCACCAACAACAGCCCCAAAAUCAACAGCCCCACCAACAACAGCCCCAAAAACAACAGCCCCAAAAACAAGAGCGCCACCAACAACAGCCCCCAAAACAACAGCUCCAAAAACAACAGCCCCAAAAACAACAGCCCCACCAACAACACCAAGUCCUACAUCAGUUCCAUCAACAGCCCCUCCAACAACAGCCCCAAAAACAACACCAAGUCCUACAUCAGUUCCAUCAACAGCCAAUCCAACAACAGCCCCUCCAACAACAGCCCCCAAAACAACACCCAGUCCUACAGCCUCUCCAACAACAACCCCACCAACAAGAGCCCCUCCAACAACAGCCCCAAAAACAACACCAAGUCCUACAUCAGUUCCAUCAACAGCCCCACCAACAACAGCCCCAAAAACACACCAAGUCCUACAUCAGUUCCAUCAACAGCCCCACCAACAACAGCCCCAAAAACAACAGCCCCCAAAAACAACAGCCCCAAAAACAACACCAAGUCCUACAUCAGUUCCAUCAACAGCCCCUCCAACAACAGCCCCAAAAACAACAGCCCCACCAACAACAGUCCCAACAACAACACCGAGUCCUACAUCAGUUCCAUCAACAGCCCCACCAACAACAGCCCCAAAAUCAACAGCCCCACCAACAACAGCCCCAAAAACAACAGCCCCAAAAACAAGAGCGCCACCAACAACAGCCCCCAAAACAACAGCUCCAAAAACAACAGCCCCAAAAACAACACCCCUCCAACAACAGCCCCAAAAAACAACACCAAGUCCUACAUCAGUUCCAUCAACAGCCAAUCCAACAACAGCCCCUCCAACAACAGCCCCCAAAACAACACCCAGUCCUACAGCCUCUCCAACAACAACCCCACCAACAAGAGCCCCUCCAACAACAGCCCCAAAAACAACACCAAGUCCUACAUCAGUUCCAUCAACAGCCCCACCAACAAAAGCGCCAAAAACAACACCAAGUCCUACAUCAGUUCCAUCAACAGCCCCACCAACAACAGUCCCAAAAACAACACCAAGUCCUACAUCAGUUCCAUCAACAGCCCCACCAACAACAGCCCCCAAAACAACACCCAGUCCUACAGCCUCUCCAACAACAACCCCACCAACAAGAGCCCCUCCAACAACAGCCCCAAAAACAACACCAAGUCCUACAUCAGUUCCAUCAACAGCCCCACCAACAAAAGCCCCACCAACAACACCAAGUCCUACAUCAGUUCCAUCAACAGCCCCUCCAACAACAGCCCCAAAAACAACACCAAGUCCUACAUCAGUUCCAUCAACAGCCAAUCCAACAACAGCCCCUCCAACAACAGCCCCCAAAACAACACCCAGUCCUACAGCCUCUCCAACAACAACCCCACCAACAAGAGCCCCUCCAACAACAGCCCCAAAAACAACACCAAGUCCUACAUCAGUUCCAUCAACAGCCCCACCAACAAAAGCGCCAAAAACAACACCAAGUCCUACAUCAGUUCCAUCAACAGCCCCACCAACAACAGUCCCAAAAACAACACCAAGUCCUACAUCAGUUCCAUCAACAGCCCCACCAACAACAGCCCCAAAAACAACACCAAGUCCUACAUCAGUUCCAUCAACAGCCCCACCAACAACAGCCCCAAAAGCAACACCAAGUCCUACAUCAGUCCCAUCAACAGCCCUAACAACAACAGCCCCAAAAACAACAGCCCCAAAAACAACACCAAGUCCUACAUCAGUUCCAUCAACAGCCCCACCAACAACAGCCCCAAAAACAACACCAAGUCCUACAUCAAUUCCAUCAACAGCCCCACCAACAAAAGCCCCAAAAACAACACCAAGUCCUACAUCAGUUCCAUCAACAGCCCCACCAACAAAAGCGCCAAAAACAACACCAAGUCCUACAUCAAUUCCAUCAACAGCCCCUCCAACAACAACCCCACCAACAAGAGCCCCUCCAACAACAGCCCCCAAAACAACACCAAGUCCUACAUCAGUUCCAUCAACAGCCCCACAAACAAAAGCGCCAAAAACAACACCAAGUCCUACAUCAGUUCCAUCAACAGCCCCACCAACAACAGCCCCAAAAACAACAGCCCCAAAAACAACACCAAGUCCUACAUCAGUUCCAUCAACAGCCCCACCAACAACAGCCCCACCAACAAAAGCGCCAAAAACAACACCAAGUCCUACAUCAGUUCCAUCAACAGCCCCACCAACAACAGCCCUAAAAACAACAGCAAGUCCUACAUCAGUUCCAUCAACAGCCCCACAAACAACAGGCCCAAAAACAACAGCCCCACCAACAACAGCCCUAAAAACAACAGCCCCACCAACAACAGCCCUAAAAACAACAGCCCCAAAAACAACAGCCCCAAAAACAACAGCCCCAAAAACAACAGCCCCAAAAACAACAGCCCCAAAAACAACACCAAGUCCUACAUCAGUUCCAUCAACAGCCCCACCAACAACAGCCCCACCAACAACAGCCCCACCAACAACAGCCCCACCAACAACAGCCCCAAAAACAACACCAAGUCCUACAUCAGUUCCAUCAACAGCCCCAAAAACAACACCAAUUCCUACAUCAGUUCCAUCAACAGCCCCACCAACGACAGCCCCAAAAACAACACCAAUUCCUACAUCAGUUCCAUCAACAGCCCCACCAACAACAGCCACAAAAACAACACCACGUUCUACAUCAGUUCCAUCAACAGCCCCACCAACAACAGCCCCAAAAACAACAGCCCCUCCAACAACAGCCCCCAAAACAACACCCAGUCCUACAGCCUCUCCAACAACAACCCCACCAACAAGAGCCCCUCCAACAACAGCCCCAAAAACAACACCAAGUCCUACAUUAGUUCCAUCAACAGCCAAUCCAACAACAGCCCCUCUAACAACAGCCCCCAAAACAACACCCAGUCCUACAGCCUCUCCAACAACAACCCCACCAACAAGAGCCCCUCCAACAACAGCCCCCAAAACAACACCAAGUCCUACAUCAGUUCCAUCAACAGCCCCACCAACAAAAGCGCCAAAAACAACACCAAGUCCUACAUCAGUUCCAUCAACAGCCCCACCAACAACAGCCCCAAAAACAACACCAAGUCCUACGUCAGUUCCAUCAACAGCCCCACCAACAACAGCCCCAAAAACAACACCAAGUCCUACAUCAAUUCCAUCAACAGCCCCACCAACAAAAGCGCCAAAAACAACACCAAGUCCUACAUCAGUUCCAUCAACAGCCCCACCAACAACAGCCCCAAAAACAACACCAAGUCCUACAUCAGUUCCAUCAACAGCCCCACCAACAACAGCCCCAAAAACAACACCAAGUCCUACAUCAAUUCCAUCAACAGCCCCUCCAACAACAACCCCACCAACAAGAGCCCCUCCAACAACAGCCCCCAAAACAACACCAAGUCCUACAUCAGUUCCAUCAACAGCCCCACCAACAAAAGCGCCAAAAACAACACCAAGUCCUACAUCAGUUCCAUCAACAGCCCCACCAACAACAGCCCCAAAAACAACACCAAGUCCUACAUCAGUUCCAUCAACAGCCCCACCAACAACAGCCCCAAAAACAACACCAAGUCCUACAUCAGUUCCAUCAACAGCCCCACCAACAACAGCCCCAAUAACAACAGCCCCAAAAACAACACCAAGUCCUACAUCAGUUCCAUCAACAGCCCCACCAACAAAAGCGCCAAAAACAACACCAAGUCCUACAUCAGUUCCAUCAACAUCCCCACCAACAACAGCCCCAAAAACAACACCAAGUCCUACAUCAGUUCCAUCAACAGCCCCACCAACAACAGCCCCAAAAACAACACCAAGUCCUACAUCAAUUCCAUCAACAGCCCCACCAACAAAAGCCCCAAAAACAACACCAAGUCCUACAUCAAUUCCAUCAACAGCCCCACCAACAACAGCCCCAAAAACAACACCAAGUCCUACAUCAGUUCCAUCAACAGCCCCAAAAACAACACCAAGUCCUACAUCAGUUCCAUCAACAGCCCCACCAACAACAGCCCCAAAAACAACUGCAAGUCCUACAUCAGUUCCAUCAACAGCCCCACAAACAACAGCCCCAAAAACAACAGCCCCACCAACAACAGCCCUAAAAACAACAGCCCCAAAAACAACUGCCCCAAAAACAACAGCCCCAAAAACAACACCAAGUCCUACAUCAGUUCCAUCAACAGCCCCACCAACAACAGCCCCAAAAACAACACCAAGUCCUACAUCAGUUCCAUCAACAGCCCCACCAACAACAGCCCCAAAAACAACAGCCCCAAAAACAACACCAAGUCCUACAUCAGUUCCAUCAACAUCCCCACCAACAACAGCCCCAAAAACAACACCAAGUCCUACAUCAGUUCCAUCAACAGCCCCACCAACAACAGCCCCCAAAACAACAGCCCCAAAAACAACACCAAGUCCUACAUCAGUUCCAUCAACAGCCCCACCAACGACAGCCCCAAAAACAACACCAAGUCCUACAUCAGUUCCAUCAACAGCCCCACCAACAACAGCCCCAAAAACAACACCAAGUCCUACAUCAGUUCCAUCAACAUCCCCACCAACAACAGCCCCAAAAACAACACCAAGUCCUACAUCAGUUCCAUCAACAGCCCCACCAGCAACAGCCCCAAAAACAACAGCCCCCAAAACAACACCAAUUCCUACAUCAGUUCAAUCAACAGCUCCACCAACAACAGCCCCAAAAACAACAGCCCGAAAAACAACAGCCCCCAAAACAACACCAAGUCCUACAUCAGUUCCAUCAACAGCCCCACCAACAUCAGCCCCCAAAACAACACCAAUUCCUACAUCAGUUCCAUCAACAGCUCCACCAACAACAGCCCCAAAAACAACAGCCCCUCCAACAACAGCAAGUCCCACACCAAUUCAAUCAACCGCCCCAACAACCAGUGCAAGUCCCUCACCAAUUGUAUCAACUGUAUCUUAUAGCAGUACAAUUACAUCACAACUAACGUCAGCAUUGUUGUCUACAAUUUCUACCCCACAAAUUACAUCAACUCUUCCAUUUACCACUGCGAGUACUUCACAAUUCUUGCCUUCUGGUAGGGAAAGUACUUAUGGCACAACCUUCUCAUCGUCAGCUGCUCCACAAUCUACCCUUGGAAGUUCAUACAGUGCGUCACAUUUUGUCACACGCGGUCCUAGAAUUUCGACACCAGUCUCCACUACCUUUAAAGUGUCGUGUGAGAUAUCAGAAGCGAUGGAUGAUGAAGCUUUCAUCCCAGAUACAGCCAUCUCUCUCGAUCCGUUAGUUGGCAAUCCUGGCGACAUCAGACCAAAUGUUGGAUGGGUAACUAAUUCGGAUAAAAAUAGGAUUAUCACGUUAAAUAUUGGCCCCAACCUAGAUGCUGGCGCUACAAUUCGCCUUUUGGAACACGACAAUGUGAAAUCCUACACCGUUUACAUAUCGCUUCCUUCAGUACAACAAAUCAAGACAUCCAAACCCGAUAAAUCAGUUAACAUUCCACAAGGUAAUGGUCGUACAGUGGUGACAAUUAUACUUCAGCCCGUUAAUCGAACACAAGACAUGUUGGUGUCUAUAUCAGCAAAACUUUGUAAAAAGCCUAUCUCAAGACCAAUGACACCAACCACUUCAGUGAUUGUACCAACUAUAUCAAAAACUGGCCCAAGUCUACCACCAUUUAUGACAACAAUAUCAUACGCCACUAAACCACCAGUGUGUGUCCUCAAGUUAUGUGACAUUGAAGAACUACUUGGUUACAUACCGGGAAACGUGAUAGGGUGGAUUGAGAAGGAUGGUAGAACUGGUGCCUCAAGUGAAGAAGAAGUUGCACAUGUAUUUGAUCAAGUUGAAGAAGGGGUCACUGUUCACAUUUCCUGCAAUAACUGUACCUGCAGUGACGGCAUGCUGCAGUGCACCAACAAUGUAUGCAAAGGAUGUGCUUAUUCAUCAUGGGCUGAGUGGACAGGAUGCAGCAAGGCUUGUGAUGUAGGAAAUCGAAUAAGAUCAAGAAAGAGACUAAUGAAAAAGGGAACAGAUGAUUGCAAUUUACCAACAGAAGAGACAUCUGAUUGUAAUUUCAUUCCAUGCGAAGAAUCGCCUUCAUGGAUGUCUUGGGCACCUUGGGAAAGUUGUUCAGCAUCAUGUGACGUUGGAUACCAGAGAAGAACUCGAAAAUGUCCAAAUAAACUUGAAGUGAUAUCUGAAUGUAUUGGACUAGGUGUGCAAAUUCAAGCAUGUGGAUUGGAAAGGUGUUCCAAAGAACAAGUGUGCACUGGAGGUAAAGUUUGGUCUGACUGCGCAAAUGAAUGUCCACUUAACUGUGCCGACUACAAAGCUGGAAAGGGUGUCUGUCAGGAAUCAGAUACUUGUGUCCCUGGGUGUCGAUGCCCCAAGAACACUCUUGAACAGGAUGGAAAGUGUGUGAAGAAAGAACAGUGUUUUUGCCACGAUAAAUUUGGAACUGUUGUACUGGAAAAUUUUGAAACUACAUCACAUGCAAUUUGUCAGAAAUGUUCAUGUAAACAUGGAGAAAUUGCUUGUACAAACAUAACAGAAAGUUGUUGUGUAUAUGCCAAAUGGACAAGUUGGGGAGCUUGCAGUCGUACCUGUGGUGCUGGUAUACAAUAUCGUUACAGAAAGUUACUCUCCCAUGGUUCGGUGUGUGAAGAAUAUAUUCAUGAAAACAAAACCUGUACCUUAGGAACGUGUCCUUUUGAUUGUUAUUUCAAAGAAAAUGGUUACUAUAACAAUGAAUUAAUCAGUGAAGAUUCUUGUGAAGUGUGUUAUUGCACAGCCUCAAACAUAUCCUGCUUUUAUCAACCAAAUGCAAAAGCUGAUGGAAAAUGGGCAAGCUGGUCUGAGUGGGGACCUUGCAGCCGUACAUGCCAGCCUGGUGGAAUCAGAACUAGAACUCGCUCUUGCUCAAAUCCUUUACCACGCUGUGGGGGAAAAGUCUGUUCAGGAAACGCUGUUGAUUAUGAAUACUGUACCAUGAAGAAGACAUGCUGUAUUUAUGAAGAAUGGUCAAUGUGGUCAACAUGCAGCAAGCCAUGUGGUAAAGGUUUUCGGAUCAGUGAACGAAAGAAAACCAAGGAUUCAUCUUGCAAAUUAGAUAUUGAGACUAGAACAAAAACUUGUCGAGUACGGCCUUGCAGAGUGAGAUGUGGUAAAUGGACAAGAUGGUCACCUUGUGUGGGUCAGUGUAACAAAGGUGUCAGCAAAAGAACUUUUAGAGUUUCCAGGAGACGAAGAAAUAGAUCUGUCUGCAAGACUCAAACGGAAGAAAGAGAAUGCAAACUGGCCAAAAAAUGCACAUGUGGCAAAGGAGAAAUAUGGUCAACUGAGCCCGUAUGCGAUAACACAUGCAACAAUAUUUUCGGACCUAUGAAUAAUUCCUUAUGUAAGGCACCACAGAAAGGCUGUAAAUGCAAAAAGAACUUUUUUAGAGACUUAAGAGGCAAAUGUGUUCCAAGACAAGAUUGCAGUGUAUUUUGUUAUGUUGGUGGUUUAAUAAAACAGGAGAAUGAAAUGUGGACUAACCCUAAAAACAAUUGUUCCAAAUGCGAAUGCAUUGCAGGUAAAACAAGAUGUCACCCAAUUUGUAAAUCACCUUCGUGUAAAAAGGAUGAAACCUUAUUUUACUUGGAGACUGAUCCUUGUUGUCCAGUUUGUCGAAAGAAAGAAGAAAUACAAUGUGCAUUGAAGUCGAAAUUCAUAUUCCUGGAAAACAAGACAAGCAAUUGCCGCUCUGUUGAAAAAGUGAAGGUAUCGUAUUGCUCUGGUGAAUGUGGUGGAAGCUAUUCUGUACCGAAACUUCUCACAGAACAAAAGUUCUAUAAUUAUAAUGAUAUCUUUGACAAUCAAUGCUUAUGCUGUCAGAGCAGAACAUCGAAAAUUAAGGAAGUUAUUGCUCUGUGUGGAGCCCAGCAAAGUGAAACCGUGAUGUAUUACCCUGAUGUCUGCAGCUGUGAAUGUAAUCGUUGCAAGUAAACUAAAGAAGAGAAGCAAAAAUUAAACCUUUAAAAAUUGUAAGCUCAGAAUAAAACACUACAGAAUAAAAAGUAAUUUGCAUUCUU